ACAGCACUACACCCAGAAUCCCCCCCCUUCCAGCCCGGCUGCCUGCCUCCUCCACAUCCCGUCAGGAAGAGAAGCCUAUUGUGUCGGGCCCAGGGAGUUGGAGUUGAAGUGCCCGGGGUCCGCGCCUCUGACUGCUCUGAGCUACUUCCCCAUUGGCUCCCGGCAGCUUGUGCUCGGCACGGGCUCAGCGGCAGGGGGAGGCGGUAGUCCAUAAAAGGGGGGGCGAGGCACCAGAACUGCCAUUCCGAGGGGCUUCGGUGGCGCCUCCUGCCGAACCGGAGUCAGGCAGGCCCCUGAGUCUUGGACCGGCCACCUGCCACCACCCCUCCAACCUGCUGGACCGGAGGCUGCUCAGGGACAAAGAAGAGCCCAGGUCAUUUAUCUCCAGGCUUUGAGAUCUGCGUGGGGGAGCUGUUGCAGCAGCCCAAGCGGCAGGAAAGCUGAGACAGAAUGGCGUGGCAGGGGCUGCUGCUGGCCGCUGGCCUCCUUGUGCUCCCCUCUGCUGCAGUGGACUGCGUGUCCCAGUGCGCCCUGUGUGCUGUGAAGACCCAGCACGGGCCCAAACCCAUCAACCCGCUGAUUUGCUCCCUGGAAUGCCAGGCCGCUCUGCUACCUGCUGAGGAGUGGGAGAGAUGCCAGGGACUUCUGUCUUUUUCUGCCCCCUUUACCUUUGGGCUCAAUGGCAAGGAAGACGUGGAAGAGCCCUAUAGCAAGCUGGCCAAGCGCUCUGGGCCCUUCUUGAAGGAGCUUGAGAAAAACAGACUCCUUCUUAGCACCCCAGCAGAGGAGAAAGCUCUGAGCAGGUGCCUGGCAGAGAAGCUUGGGGGUCUCUCUGGUAGGCUGGGGGAGGGAGCAGAGCCUGAGCUGAUGGGUGCCCCCCAGCCAAAAGCUGGUGCCAUGGAUGCUGGGGCCCUGGAUUCCGAGGAGGAGGACCCCAAGGAGCAGGUCAAACGCUAUGGGGGCUUCUUGCGCAAGUACCCCAAGAGGAGCUCAGAGGUGGCUGGGGAGGGGGACGGGGAUCAGGAGGGCCACGAGGACUUGUACAAACGCUAUGGGGGCUUCCUGAGGCGCAUCCGUCCCAAGCUCAAGUGGGACAACCAGAAGCGUUAUGGAGGUUUUCUCCGGCGCCAGUUCAAGGUGGUAACUCGGUCUCAGGAAGACCCCAGUGCCUACUCUGGAGAGCUUCUUGAUGUGUAACCUGUCCCCCAACAUGGAGUUGAGUCAGGAGCUCCCCCUGACACCCUUCCACGUUGGAGUGUCCCCAUUCAUCCUCCCUUAUGUCCCCUGUUCCCACGCCCAGUUCAGCCUUGUCUAAAAAACAUCCAAACCCAGCCUAACUUUUCUCUUCUGCCUGGGGUGCAGUGUCUGGGGCCAGUGAGGGGGAGGGAUGGAGGUUCGCCCCUCCAAUAGGUCUAGUGUUGCCUCAGAUCUUAGAGCUCUAGAACUAGCGCCAGCAGCAGCUUUUGACAUUACUCCCUUCACCCCUUUCAUGUGACUCCCCAGUUCCAGGAAUCCAGACUGCCUUGUUCUUCCUCACUCUACCUCUAUGAUCACCAAACUUUAUUGAUCACAUGCCCCUUGAAGAAGAAAAACAAGCAGAACCCCUCCCAUGCAGAUAUAUUCAUUUAGCUAGCAUAUACAUAUAAUAAAAACAUACAGAUGAUAGAAAUUUAAACAAGAUCAAUAAACAAAAAGGAAUCCUAACAUUUAUUCCCAAACCUCAAAGGAUCUCCUUGUGCACCCCACUUUGGACACCAUGCUUUAGAUAAAAUGCUCAAAAACACUGCCUAUUAUUGGAGUAGAAAUUCCUACGGAAGAGAGUUCAGUCUUCUGGAGAUUAAAUGUUCAGUUGGUGUACUCUGAGUUCUUUUGUUUAGGAACACACCUUUUGAAGAACUAAGUUCCUGGACUCCAGUCCAUGUUACCCUGGGCAGUGCUCAAGUCCUCAAAGGAGAGGAAGAGGGUAAAGCCCUUUUCCUAAGUGGUUAAUGAGAGCAGUUCUCCCUCCGAAUGCUAAAAUGAUUGAGGGAAGGAGGCAAACCAAUUUGUUCUGUGCAACAAACUCAAAAUCUGGACCAGUUCCCUCAGCCCUCAUUAAACUAAUUAAACUGAUCAGUAUCAUGCUCCUACCCCAGGAUGAACUGAAGCUGAGUCAAGUUGAUGAGGUUAAGCACAACCAUGUUCUUGAGCAGCUGAGUCGGCCACCAGAAGUCCAAGCCAUCUGGUCAAACAUAUGCCCUGGGAACUGGGUGAGGGAAUCCAGAAGCAACAGCUAGAAAGAGAAAAAGACCCUUUUCAGCCCCCUGAUGAUUUUUCCUUUUAAUGUCUCAAAAUAAAACCAGAAAGGGGAAUGAAAUGAUUGAGUGCUUGAGGACAGAUGAGUUCCCUUGAUUCCAAUAACCCAGAAUCAGAGGCAGAGACCUCCCAAUGCCUUGGUUUCAAUCAGGUUUGCUCUCUCUCACCCUGCUCUCUUGCUCACUCAUCCCCAGGCACUAUGGUUUUGUUUGUGGGUCCAGGAGGCUGGAUAGGAGAAGAAAUAGACAUGAGUUUUUGUAGAAAACACCACUGAGCACACCUCUUUAUGUGCAAGCCCCACGUCUCUCAAAAUGUCCUGAAAUGUAUAGAUUGUUUUAGGGUUACUUUGUGUGCUUUUAAAAAAACCCCAUUUAUGCAAUUUACUUGGAAUUCGCUUAGUCCUCAACAGGCCUGUGUUAUUUCCUACUCUUCUAGUACAAUAAAUUUAAAAAAAGA